UGCGCCGCGUUGUGACGUCACAGAGCCCAUGGCCCCGCCCCCCCGCUGUCUCCCGGGGCGCGCCCCUCGGGUUCCCAAGGGGCGGGGCGUUGUGAUGUAGGGGGCGCGAGCUCAGACUGGCCCCCGGUGGAGCAGGUGAGGCAGAACCAGGUGGGAUGGCAGAACGCCCCCUGUUUGCAGCCUGUUCCACGGGCCGGCCCGGACGGCUCCAGCGCCACCUGAGCGGCGAAUUCGACCAGCUACGAGACUUCCCCAUCUUUGAGAGCAACUUCGUGCAGGUGACCCGAUUAGGAGAAGUCGCCAACAAGGUCACCAUGGGGGUGGCAGCCUCCAGUCCAGCCCUGGAACUCCCAGACCUGUUGCUGCUGGCGGGCCCUACCAAGGAGAAUGGACGCCUGCAGCUGUUCGGGCUGUUCCCCUUGCAGUUCGUCCAGCUCUUCGUCCACGACGAGAGCCGCUGGCAGCUCAAGGUCAAGUUCCGCACCGGCCGCGCCUUCUACCUGCAGCUGCGCGCGCCGCCCGAGACCCGCGACCGCGAGUUCGGCCAGUGGGUGCGGCUGCUCUACCGCCUGCGCUUCCACUCGGCCCAGGGGGCCGUGCCCUUCACGCAGGAGUACUCGGCGCUGGAGGACUGCGACGACGACGAAGAGGACGAGGAGGAGCUGGAGCGGGAGGAGCCUCCAGCCCUGGACACCAGACUUGACCCCCAGACGUCUGUGCUGUGGGGACUCUGAUUCCUCCAGCAGCCUGUGAGGCCACCAAGGGACUGGAAACCAACGUACCCUACCUCGGGCGGGAGAGAUGAGCUAUUAAAGUUCGUAAAGAGCGGCCACUUCAGAACCAACA